AGCCCCUCAGCCCCUCUCGAGCUCAUUUUCAAAUUUACUUGCUAGUCGUUUGCAUCCAUCCCCCUCGACCAUGUACUCCGUGUUGAAGACUCUCACCAUCAUUGCCGUCGCUGCGAUCGCGUCGGCCGACAUCGUUCCCGAGGGGACGGAAUCGAUCUGCGGGACUGACCAGGCCAAACCCGCCGUGGCCCUCAAGGACGUCGAAGCCAAGAAGUAUCAACUGGGCCAAGCCGUUGCCCGCCUCAGGAUGACUGGGGGAUGGUGCACCGCCUGGUUGUGGGGUUCGGAAGGCCACUUGGUGACCAACAACCACUGUGUGGGCACCCAAGCUAGUGCGUCGGUCGUCAUCGCCGAGUUCGGUGCCGAAUGUGCCACGGCCACUGACCCCAACAACAACGUCAAGGGUGCGUGCGUCGGUACUUACGUGUCCAACAGCUCGACGUUGAUCAUCACCGAGCCGUCGUUGGACUUCACGCUGCUCAAGUUGAACGUGAACCCUGGCAUCAACAUCACCAAGUUCGGGUACUUGCAGGCCCGCGAGUCGGCCGUGCCGCUCGACGACCCCAUUUACAUUGUCGGUCACCCUGGCGCCCGCCCCAAGCACAUCACGUAUGUGAGCGACGACGGCAAGGCCCCCCGUAUCACCAACACGUCCACGGCUUCGCUGUGCGGGGAACAAGACACGUUGGCGUACAACGUCGACACAAUUGGUGGCAACUCUGGGUCGCCCAUCGUUGGCGCCCUUGACAACAAGGUCGUGGCCCUGCACAACUGCGGGGGGUGCACUGCCACGGGGGGUGCCAACACGGGCAACAAGAUCGAAUCGAUCAUCAAGCUGUUGAAGUCCAAGAACUUGUUGCCCAAGGAUGCUGUGGCCGGUGACCGUUGCUAAAUGUUGUAGUCGGUAGUGUUUUGCCAACAACCAGUUAAUCAUUGUGUUUGCGUACUGCCGUAGCCGGUCUAACGUUGACGUGAAAGUUGUUCGACGAGGUUUGCAUUCUGUCGCUCCAUGCACUACUGUACUACAAUCAAUGACUUAGUACUGUAGUGCUGUACUGCUAUAGUAAUACUAUAGUAGAACAUUGUUGACUACUAGUAUUACUAAUAGUACCAAGUACCGUUCCGUA